GUUGGAUUAUUGCAAGAGCUCACAUGCAUUCCUCUCUUCUUGCCAUCAGAUGAAGCCAGGAGGAUUAACUGACACACACACACUCUGACACACAACUCAGAGUCAUCCAGACAGAGGGGAAGCAAGGCGGCCAUGAUGGUGUGCAGGCUGCAGGCUCGCAGGCCGAGGGGCUGCCGUGUCCCGCCUUUAGGAUGGCCGCUGACGGCUCCACCAUUCCCAGCCCUGUGGUGCGCCAGAUCGACAAGCAGUUCCUGAUCUGCAGCAUAUGUCUGGACCGCUACCACAACCCCAAAGUGCUGCCUUGCUUGCACACCUUUUGUGAGACGUGUCUGCAGAACUACAUCCCGGCCCACAGCCUGACCUUGUCGUGCCCCGUGUGCCGCCAGACGUCCAUCCUGCCCGAGAAGGGCGUGGCGGCCUUGCAGAACAACUUCUUCAUCACCAACUUGAUGGACGUCCUGCAGCGCUCGCCGGGCAGCUGCAGCCAGGAGGCCGCCGCCCUCAACGACAUCACCACGGUGGCGGCGGGGCAGCUGCUCUCCUGCCCCAACCACGGCGGCAAUGUGAUGGAGUUCUACUGUCCGCCGUGCGAGACGGCCAUGUGUCAGGAGUGUACGAGUGGCGAGCACGCAGAACAUCCCACUGUGCCUCUUAAAGACGUGGUGGAGCAACACAAGGCCUCCUUGCAGGACCAGCUGGAUGCGGUCAAGAGGAGGCUUCCUGAGAUUGACGCCGCCCUGCUGACUUUGUCGGAGAUCCUGCAGCGGCUGACGGGUCAGAAGAGCUCCAUCGAGGAGGACAUCCACGCCGCCUUCGACGAGCUGCAGAAGACGCUCAACGUGCGCAAGAGCGUCGUUCUCAUGGAGCUGGAAGUCAACUUCGGCCUCAAGCAGAAGGUGCUUCAGGCCCAGCUGGACAGCCUGAUGCAGGGCCAGGAGGGCAUCCACAGCAGCUGCAGCUUCACCGAGCAAGCCCUGAGCCACGGCACCGAGGCCGAGGUCCUCCUGGUGAAGAAGCAGAUGAGCGAGCGCCUGGCCGAGCUGGCGGCGCGAGACCUCCCCCUGCGGCCCGGAGAGAACGACCAGCUGGACUUCCACAUCGAGACGGAGGGUCUGAAGAAGUCCAUCCACAACGUCGGCACCGUGGUAACCACCAACGCUGUGGCGUCAGAGACGGUCGCGACCGGCGAGGGGUUACGACACUGCGUGGUCGGGGUGCCUACCUCCAUCACCAUCACGACGAAGGACAAAGACGGGGAGCUUUGCAAAAUGGGCAACGCCGUCCUCACCGCCCACAUCUCCUCGGCGGACGGCGGCAAAGGAGACGGGGAGAUAGUGGACAACAAGAACGGAACCUACGAGUACCAGUUCACAGCCCCCAAAGAGGGUACCUACAGCUUGUCGCUACUUCUCUACGAGCAGCACAUUAAAGGCAGCCCCUUCAGGACCAAAGCCACCAAGUCUACGGACGUGUCCACGGCCUCGGACGGCGUCAAGAAGAGGCUGAAGUCGCCGGGCAGCGGACACGUCAAGCAGAGGGCCAUCAAGAGGCCGGCCAGUAUGUACAGCACCGGCAGGAGGAAAGAGAACCCCAUAGAGGACGAUCUCAUCUUCAGGAUAGGCACCAAAGGGCGAAACAAAGGAGAGUUCACAAAUCUUCAGGGCGUGGCUGCAUCUCUUGGCAAAGUGUUGAUAGCGGACAGCAACAACCAGUGUGUGCAGAUUUUCUCUAACGAGGGCCUGUUCCGAACUCGUUUUGGGGUCCGGGGCAGGACCCCCGGUCAGAUGCAGCGACCCACCGGAGUGGCUGUCCAUCCGAGUGGAGAUAUCAUCAUCGCUGACUAUGACAACAAAUGGGUCAGCAUUUUUUCUUGUGACGGCAAGUUUAAGAACAAGCUCGGCUCAGGGAAGCUGAUGGGCCCAAAAGGCGUGUCGGUGGACAGAAACGGUCACGUUAUCGUGGUCGACAACAAGGCCUGUUGCAUCUUCAUUUUUCAGGUCAACGGCAAGCUGGUCACUAAGUUUGGCAACCGUGGUAACGGUGACAAGCAGUUUGCAGGGCCUCACUUUGCCGCUGUCAACAACAAAAAUGAAAUCAUCAUCACGGAUUUCCACAACCACUCAGUCAAGGUGUUCAACACAGAGGGGGAGUUCCUUUUGAAGUUUGGCUCUAACGGCGAGGGUAACGGCCAGUUCAACGCCCCCACAGGAGUGGCGGUGGACGCCAACGGGAACAUCAUCGUGGCAGACUGGGGGAACAGCAGAAUACAGGUGUUUGAUGGCAGCGGUUCUUUCCUGUCCUACAUCAACACGUCAGCUGACCCGCUGUACGGCCCUCAGGGUCUGGCUCUUACCUCAGACGGACAUGUGGUGGUGGCCGACUCGGGAAACCACUGUUUCAAAGUCUACCGCUACCUGCAGUAGCCCGCACAAACUAUACUGCACCGUACCACACAGUAAGAGUACACACUUGGACACUUGUGAGUAAGGGGUAUGUUUGCACUCGUCCACCUUCACCUGUUGUGUCAUUGUGCCAUUUGUGUGACUAUUUCAUCAAUUUGGGCAUGAAUGACGCUUAUUUUCAUGCUUUUUAGGAGUCACGCUAAACAACGUACAUCUUUCAUGAUAACUAUAAAAUGGAAAUGUGGUUUAACCAUAAUCCCAUCAAUAUCCUGGGUGUACGGCCUACAAUUCUUAUGGUUUGCUUGAAAAGUAUGCAUGAUGAAGUAUUGGAGCUGUGCAGCAAAAAAACAAAAAUCCAGAGAAACAUUUUGAAAUAAUGAUUACGUCAAAUAAAAAACUAAAUUCAAAUGUUAUGAAUAGUAUCCGAAUUACUUGCUAAAUAUAGUGUCAAAGGCGCUAAAUUUGAUGAUCCCUCCUGCUUUGUCUUCUUAUCGUCUGGCAGACCAGAUUGAUGUGUGUGAGCAAAGGUGAACAGGUAGCACCAAAUCUGUCAAAUUGUUUGUGGCAGUCUGCCAAAAUUAACUAGAUGUAUGGGAAACACUGCUGUAUAAUUGCACUAUUUAAUAUUUUGGUCUACUUUACAUUAGUAUUAAGGCCAAGCUAAAACAAAUAUUAGAAAAAAUAACAAAUGGAAUAAAAAUUAAUAUUGAUCCUGAGACUAAAGUGAUAUUUUUUUGACAGGAAAUUGUCGUGGCUCAUGAGUAAAAUAUUGUUAACAGAAACAAAAUAAAAAAGGGAUAGUUCAAUAAAUAUAUUUUGAGUGAUUGAAACUAGUUUUUACUCCUCCCUUCCGCAAAAACAUGGAUGAAUCCUGUUUUUCAAAGUUGUAUUUGAGUAUGUUCUAUAUAUGUAUGUAUAUAUAUAUAUAUAUAUAUAUAUUCAUAUAUAUAUAUAUAAUAUAUAUAUUAGGGGUGUUGGAAAAAAUCAAUUCGAAUACGAAUCGAAUCGAAUACGUUGUGCAAUUCAAAAUCGAUUCUCAUUUAAAAAAAAUCGAUUUAAAAAAAACAAAAACUUUUUAUUUAUUUAUUUAUUUUUUAUCAAUCCAACAAAACAAUACACAGCAAUACCAUAACAAUGUAAUCCAAUUCCAAAACUAAACCUGACCCAGCAACACUCAGAACUGCAAUAAAGGCACAAACACGACACAGAACAAACCAAAAGUAGUGAAACAAAAAUGAAUAUUAUCAACAGCAGUAUAAAUAUUAGUUAUAAUUUAAGCAUAGCAGUGAUUAAAAAUCCCUCAUUGACAUUAUCAUUAGACAUUUAUAAAAAUAAAAAAAAUGAAUAGUGUCACUGUGGCUUUCAGUUGCAUCACAUCUCAUAAGCUUGACAACACACUGUGUCCAAUGUUUUCACAAAGAUAAAAUAAGUCAUAUUUUUGGUUCGUUUAAUAGUUAAAACAAAUUUACAUUAUUGCAAUCAGUUGAUAAAACAUUGUCCUUUACAAUUAUAAAAGCUUUUUUUUUUUUUGAAAUCUACUACUCUGCUUGCAUGUCAGCAGACUAAGGUAGAUCCUGCUGAAAUUCUAUGUAUUGAAUGAAUACAGAAUCCUUUUGAAUCGGAAAAAUAUCGUUUUUGAAUCGAGAAUCGAAUCGAAUAGAAAAAAAUCGAUAUAUUAUCGUGACCCCAAGAAUUGAUAUUGAAUCGAAUCGUGGGACACCCAAAGAUUCGCAGCCCUGAUAUAUAUAUAAAACAUACUCAAAAACAACUUUGAAAAACAGGAUUCAAAAGCAUGGAAGAUGUCUUUUAAAAAUGUGUCAUUUUACGAGAAUAAACCAUAAUUUUCCAAACACACAUAUUUUCGUCCCUCAUAUUAUGAAUUCUAAACUGUGGCGCUUCAAGUUGUCGUCAAUAACAUUUAUCGUGACGUACAGAAACUACCUUAACCAACCUCCAAAUGUGGAGAUAUAUGCUAACUAAAUACAGUCUCAAAAUGUAGUUUGUUGCGAUAAGUUACUUAUGACAAACUUGAAAAGAAUAGUAAGUAUUAAUCAGAGCAUACACACGACUGAUAAUGCAAAACUGGGCAUGGCUCUUCGCCUCGUGGCUUGCAACAAGCUUUUUAUUUCUAGCUGCCAUGUAAGCCGGAUUUUUGGCUCCCUCAACACAGUAUUGUAGAUUGCCAUGUAUUUACUAAAAGGUACAUGCAUGCAGGUUUUGCUGAUAAACUGACAAUAUUCCCUAAAGAAGCACUGUGGCAUUUAUUGUGUAGAAAUGAUAGCAAUGUUGCGUUCCACAUUUUUUUCCUCACAAAAGUGUGCUUUCAUUGAGUUAGAAAACUAACACGUUGUUGUGAUGUUUGACAGACAUAGACCACCAAGUGCAAUCUGCUAUGUGUAUUGAUUUUAAAAUCAAAUAAUCCACUUAUUUUUUUAAGUUGUGGCCCACAAUUUGACUUUUUCGGUCAAUUGCAUUAUCUUGCUGCUUUGCAGGCUUUCAUGAAACCUCCCGUUUAUGUGCUCUUUUUCACUGAAGAACUACUAACCUGUAUUGCAGUUAAUAACCAUUGUUUACCUAAAGAUGUAGCGACACUUAUUAAAGGCAGUUAGACAAUGUAAAAUUUCCAAGUAGGAAAUUUGCAUUUCUUUUUUUUUUUUACACAUUCCUGUUAAGUUAUUUGUUUUCCAUUGUCUUGUUUAUAUUUGUAUUGUCAAAUUGAAAUAAAGUGCCCACUGGAAAUGAA